AUAUGGUCAUCUCCACGCUUCGCCUCCGGCGUUGCUUCGGCCUCGGCCCAUGUCGUCUCCGCCCCUCGCCUUCGACGUCGCCUCCGUAACCAUCUAAAAGCUUGUGUUGGCAUCAUCUUCCUCUCACCUCGAAUGCUAACAUGACAUAUGGGUCGAUCAAAUGACAAAUAUCCAAUAGCACUCAUCUGGUGUUUAAUUGUCGUUUUGGCCUUUUCUUCUCUCCAUGAUUUCCUAAUCAUACCAUUUGAUAUCAUAUUGUUUUUGUUUUUUUUAUAAUAUAAAAUGAUAUAUUUUACGCGAUAUUUUUGUACCAUCCUGAUUCCACAGAUUGUCCAAAGAUUCCACCUUUUAAGCUCUAAUCUGCAAGUAAAAGGACCCAUCAGCAUCGAAGACAAUAAUGUCGAGGGGGAGGAUGUCAUGCAGAAGAAGAAGAAGAAGAAGAAGAAGAAGAAGGUUGUGCGGGCCUUCUCUCCCACACAACACGGGAAUUCUGCGACAUCUUAUCAAAUAUCAGAUCAGCUGCCACUGGAUCCUCAUCCAUUAACAAUCAAAGAACACAAGGCAGCUCUUCCAACCUUGAAAUCGAGUUACUCAUGGUGACCAACAGCAAAUACGGUGAAAGUAGGUGUCUGUCGGUCCGAGAACUGUUCUCCUCUUACUGUGCAUUCAGUUUCAGCUUCACCAGGACAAGCAGCAAGUGGAACAGUCCAUACUCUAUUUGGUGCCCUUUAUGUGUUUGUCGAUAUUCUUCUUACAUUUUGUGAUAGUUGUUGCCAGUCCCUGUCACCAUUAAUUCCCUCCUGUGCAGAGUUCAGUAGGACAUAUGAGCUCCUGGUUCCAUCUUCACCUGUUCCUUUGUGCUUCGUAAUUUUGUGCUGACCCCCUUUUUCCCCUUUUCCUUGUUCAGCUAUUGUUCCCUCACUUCCUCUUCUUGGCUAACAGCAUAGAUUUCACAGCUCAAGGCAUCUGAAUUGUCUAAUUCCUUUUCAUUUUCCUGUUUCAGGGAACUCCUACAGAUAAUUUCUUCUGUUUUCCUCCGGCGUACCAGUCCUAUUGGACUCCUUCUAUUUCAAGUACCUUUUCUCUAGUUAGGUCUAGGGUUUAGCUAGCAUAAUAUUCUGUGCUUCUCACUUCUCUUGCUAGAGAGAGAUAGCUCUUGCCUCCUGGUUACACUGAUACGUGAGAAGGUUAUUAUUGGUUUGGUCCUGGUAAUGAUGCUAGCGGUUUUGGUUUUGUUUCGGAGACUAUGAUGCAAUUCUGAAAUCAACGAACAAUCUAGGAUCCUUAAUUAUAGAUCCUACCAUGAAGCAUGUUUUGCUUCUAUUUUUGGCACUCUGUUUUAGUCUCCUUCGGAGUGACCUCGGUAGGAAUGUCUCUGCUAUAAGACCUCCUACAGUGCACAUUGGAGCUCUUUUUUCCCACAAUUCCACCAUUGGAAGAGUUGCCAAGGUUGCCAUUGAUGCUGCAGUGAGCGAUGUCAAUGCAGACCCAAGUGUUCUCCAAGGCACGAAGCUGGUUGUUGAAAUGCAAGACUCCAAUUGCAACAGUUUCAUUGGUAUUGUUCAAGCAUUGCAGUUCAUGGAGACAGACAUUGUCGCAAUCAUUGGUCCGCAAUCUUCCGUAAUUGCACAUGUCAUUUCACAUGUUGCAAACGAUCUGCAAGUCCCUCUUCUUUCCUUUGCUGCGACAGAUCCUACACUUUCUUCACUGCAAUAUCCCUUUUUUGUCCGAACAACCCAUAGCGAUCUCUUUCAAAUGGCUGCUGUAGCUGAACUAGUUGACUAUUACCAGUGGAGCCAGGUGAUAGCCAUAUUCGUUGAUGAUGAUUAUGGUAGAAAUGGAAUAAAUUCUCUAGGUGAUAAGCUUUCAGAGAAGCGCUACCAGAUAUCCUACAAGGCUGCAUUGCAACCCGGGGCUACAAGGGGUGACAUCAUGGAUUUGUUGGUUAAAGUUGUGCUGAUGGCUUCACGGAUUAUUGUCGUACAUGUGAAUCCAAGCAUCGGUAUUGAAGUUUUCGCCACAGCAAGAUAUCUAGGUAUGGUGUCAAAUGGGUAUGUUUGGAUAGCAACAGAUUGGCUUUCUUCAAUUUUAGAUUCUUCAACUCCACUGGAUACAGCAAUUUUGGACACAAUGCAAGGAGUUCUUGUAUUGCGACAGCACACUGUAGAUUCAAAACUCAAGAGCACUCUAACUUCAAGAUGGAGCCAGUUGACCAAGAACGGCACAACUGAGAACUUCCAUCUUAACUCUUAUGGUCUAUAUGCUUAUGACACCGUGUGGCUGGUUUCUCAUGCAUUGGAUGCCUUUUUCAAUGAUGGUGGAUCGAUUUCAUUUUCAAAUUUCUCAAAUCUGCAUGAUGCUGAGGGAAGGAAUUUACACCUCGAAGCAAUGAGUGUGUUUGAUGGGGGCCAGAUUUUGCUGAACAAGAUUCAUAAUGUGAAUUUUGAUGGUGUUACUGGGAAAGUCCAGUUCGACUCUGAAGCAAACCUCAUUCACCCUGCUUAUGAUAUCCUCAAUAUGCUAGGAACUGGAUGGCGAACAAUCGGUUACUGGACAAACUACUCUGGAUUGUCAAUUAUGUCACCUGAAGAACUGUAUAUGAAUCUAGCAAAUAGUUCCAGUGCAAAUCAACAACUGUAUAGUGUCAUUUGGCCUGGGGAGGUGAUAACAAAGCCUCGUGGUUGGGUUUUCCCUAAUAAUGGGAAAGAGUUAAGAAUUGUUGUUCCUAACAGAGUAAGUUACCGGGAAUUUGUUUCAGUAGAGCCAGAUAACGAUGGCGUGAAGGGAUACUGCAUAGAUGUCUUUACUGCUGCCAUAAACUUGCUUCCAUACCCUGUCCCAUACAAGUUCAUACCUUUUGGAAAUGGCCAUGAGAAUCCCAAUUAUGCUAUGCUUGCUGAGAUGGUUGCGUCAGGUGACUUUGAUGCUGCUAUAGGCGAUAUAGCCAUAGUUACAAAUCGAACAAAGAUUGUUGAUUUUACCCAGCCAUAUAUCGAAUCGGGGCUUGUCAUAUUGGCUCCUAUAGAAAAGCUCAACUCAGAUGCUUGGGCUUUCUUGCAGCCAUUCACAGUGGCGAUGUGGUGUGUCACUGGGUUAUCCUUACUCAUAAUAGGAAUAGCCGUUUGGAUCCUUGAGCACAGGAUCAACGAUGAAUUCCGUGGGCCUCCAAAAAAACAGCUAGUUACAGUCUUUUGGUUCAGCUUCUCGACACUGUUUUUCGCUCAUAGAGAAAAUACUAUGAGUACUCUGGGGCGCGUAGUUCUGAUAAUAUGGCUUUUUCUGGUUUUAAUUCUUCAAUCCAGUUACACAGCUAGUCUGACGUCAAUUCUCACUGUGCAACAACUAUCAUCACCUGUAAAAAGCAUUGACAGUUUAAUUGCUAGUAAUGAGCCUAUCGGGUUUCAAGUUGGCUCAUUUACUGAGAACUAUCUUGUUGAGGAGCUUGGCAUUUCAAGAUCCAGAUUGAAAGCACUUGGUACCCCAAAUGAUUAUGUUAGAGCCCUUGAGCUAGGCCCCAAAAAAGGAGGUGUUGCCGCUGUGGUGGAUGAACGCCCCUAUAUCGAACUAUUUCUCUCAAUCCAAUGCGAGUUUGCCAUAGUAGGCUCAGAAUUUACCAAAAAUGGCUGGGGAUUUGCAUUCCCCAGGGACUCCCCUUUAGCUGUGGAUUUGUCCACUAAUAUCCUUACACUAUCAGAAAAUGGCGAUCUCCAAAGAAUUCAUGACAAGUGGCUUACCGGAAGAAGUUUGUGCAGCUCCCAAACGAGCGAGCUUGAGUCUGACCGCCUCCAACUUAAUAGCUUCUGGGGAUUGUUUCUGAUAUGUGGAAUGACAUGUACUGUUGCAAUGUUCGUAUACUUUGCGAUCAUGGUGCACCAGUACAUUCGCCACUACCCCUUGGAGGAAAGUGACUCUUCCGACCAUGGAAGCUCAAAAUCUGGGUGCAGCCUGCAGAGAUUCUUCUCCUUCAUCGAUGAGAAGGAAGAAGAUGUGAAGAGCAGGUCAAAGAGCAGGAAGAUGUUGCAGGCAGGAAACACUAGUCUUGAUAGUGAAAGCCAUAACAUUUUUUAGCUCAAACAAGAGUUCUUUGGGUUUGAAUGCUACAAGAACUCCAUAACUGUGAAUUGCUGUGGCAAUAUACGAGAGGCCAAAUCAAGAUUUUCUUCAGAAAGUUUGAGAAUCGAGAUAUUAUUUUCUAUGACAGUUUAGACCGAAAGAGGAGUGUCAAGGUAAAGAUGAGAUCCAUUGUACUGCAUGUGUGAUUCAGUUCAUGUCUGACUGGUUCUGGAUUAGCUUUCACUGGGAUGUUUCCAAUGCAUGUGAACAAAGAUGUGUGAUUCAGUUCAUGCCUGACUGGUUCCAUUAGAUUCAGUUCAUGUCCUACCUAUGCUCAUAGCAGGUGGAGUGAAUUGUAUCAGCAGCACAAACUGAUACAAUGGUGAUUGUGGCAGGAAGCCCAGUUGAGCUGCUCCCCUCACAACAGCAAUUCCAAAGAGUGGAAGGAUCACAUAUCACACAGAUGAUUGAUAUGGUCAGUCAUGGCUUCACCGCCAACUUGCGAAGCCCUGCUUGUGCUCAUGAAACAUGCAUCAGAAACUUAGGCCAUUUCACUGCUUCAGAUUUGAGCUUGAAUGGAGAAGUGUUUCUACCUUGUGUUAGGUUCACUCAUAGAAUAAGAGUAACACAUGUUAUAGUGCCAUCACUGCAUCCAUUUCUUGUCAUCAGACAAGAAAGUGCAUGCUUCCUGUCUUUGGAAGAUGAUCACAUACCCUAACAAUAUCAUGGAAUCUUGGAUGAGAUUUUAACUGAGCAGUACCACCCGCAACUAAGCCAACAGUCUGUAAUCCUCCAUUACUCCAUGAACUAUAAACCAUUCAACGUCCAUGUUAAAGAAAUAUACUGAAGCAGUGGUUGGUGGUGUGAGCAAUUCCUCUGCAAUCGGGUGAAGGAUCUGAGUUGUUGUUAGCCACCGUUGCUGAAACAUUGUCAUCAAGAAUUUUUCCGUUCACUACUGAAGACACCUUCAUAAGACUGCAGGCCACUAUCCAUAUGAAGACACCUCCAAGCUUCAUGGAGACAGAGAAGAAUGUCAAGAGCACAGAUUUUGAUCUGUGUGAGAGAGAUGUGUUUACAUAAAAAGCUCCAUCCUUAACUUUCAGUUGAUGUUAUUAUUAUUAUUAUCUAAGAACUCAAAAGAGCAAAACUACUUAAAGAUCUCUUUACAGCCAUCGAGAAAGAUACAUACGAGAGUCCCAUCUUGAUUGGCAUCCUGAUUACAGAUUGCCCAAGUUCCCUGCAUUUUGAUGUCUUAGGAAAAUAUCAUGUCAGGGUAGAAGAGAGUACCACUGAAAUGAUCAUCAUCAUCAUCAUGUCUCUUCACAGCUAAUCCACCCAGGGAUUCCUUCCACCAAUUAAGAACGUCAUCGCAAUUUUGAGUGGGCAUAAAUCACCUUGGAAGUUUGUAGAGAUAUCAUGUUAUUGGCAGAACAAUGAUCAGUUUCAAAAGUGGAGAAUUGGAGACUUAUCAUGAUAGUGUUUUCUGGGAGCCAUUUAUAGAUACAGGACAUACUACAGUUAGUCAAAAAGAGUCUUAUGUCAGAAAUGAUGGCUUGCAGCUGCCAUGGUCAAUGGUUGCUGGGAGCCAUUGACCAUCUGAACAAUGGCCUGUGCAUUAGUUUGGAGCCGAAAGCUCCUUCAUUUAUGUGCUUCAGCAGUCUUGAGUGCUUCCACCAUGGAUAGGUUGUGAGUUUGGCAGACAACAAUAGCCAGCUGCCAUCAAAGUAUUGCUAGGAGAAAAGAAGGCGAAGCCGAUACCUGCAGGAGAGUCGGGUGAAAGAAAGGAUUCAUCACAUUUUAAUGUAAAGACAGAACACCCUUCCCGAGAAGAGGAAUUAUGAGGAUUCAUGAAGCUUAUCCCCUCAGGCAGUAAAUAUGGUUCCAUGGUUUUAUUCAUGAGAGCUAAAGCUCUAAAUAUUUAAAGCACAAGGACUAGUGGUACAACGGUUGCAAAACUUGGCCUCGUUCCUAUUGAGCCCAAUGAGAAUAGAAAAGAAGACUGAGAAAUAGAUUUUGAAUACCCUUCACCUUUAGCCAGCGAAGGCCGAGAAUCAAAGUGCUUGAAUCUGAUUCUGAUCCCAGUUUUAUUCUGAUGUCCAAAAUGAGAUAGGAAGGGCAGCUAAGGAAGAUGUAGGCAUAAGAGGUUUUCAAAUAGAUGUCAGAUGUUGCAGCUUUCGCUUUCAAUUGGAUGUUUGUGGAUGUGUGCAGAGAGAUAAAGAGAUUGGGAGAUCAUUCCAACAAGAUUUCUCUAACAAGUUCUACCUUGCGCGAAAUCGAAAGACCGGGAAAUGCUCCAAACUUUGAUUUGAACCGCCGGGUGGCAAUAGUGUUUGCUUCAGAUAGUUCUAAUACAGAACCUACUGCCAAUGAGAAAGUUGAUAGCAGCUCAAAUGUUGGAGAUGGCCCUCCACUGCCUACCAUCUUGGCUGGUGUGGUUGUCUUCCUGCUCUUCUGUUGGGCUGUUGGUUCCAUUGUCCUGUGGCUCGUUGGUCUAAUUGUGAAUCCACCUUCCUCCUAAGAUUAGUUCUCAUUUCUCUCUCUGCAACUUUAUGUAACAUGUAUUCCUUAUGGAUCUUGUAUUAUUACUUCACUAGGUGAGACACCAUAUCCUGAGCCAGGAGCACGGUUUUUAAAUAAGAGGGCAUUAUUUCUAGUAAA